GAAAAAAAAAAAAAAAAGUUUCACGACCGACGAGGGAAACGACAUCCGAAGAAACGGGCCUCCAACUCGCAAACCCCCGACGAUUGGCCUCUUUCUCGCCCACGGAACUCUUUCUUCCUCACUCAUUAAAACAAAUAAUAAUAAAUAAAUAAAAGAUCAAGCAGCACAACAUGUCCUUCCGAGGCGGGUCUCGCGGUGGUCGUGGAGGGUCUGGCGGCGGCUUUCGAGGCGGACGGGGAGGAUUCCAACAGAGGGACAUGGGCCCGCCGGCGCAGGUUCUAGAAAUGGGCAAGUUCGUCCACGCCUGCGAGGGCGAAAUGGUCUGCGAGUCCAUCAACCCAAAGGUCCCCCACUUCAACGCCCAAAUCUUCCUCGAGAACAAGACGGCCGUCGGCAAGGUCGACGAGGUCCUCGGCCCCAUCAACCAGGUCUUCUUCACCAUCAAGCCCUCCGAGGGCAUCCAGGCCGCCUCCUUCAAGGAGGGCGACAAGUUCUACAUCGCCCCCGAGAAGCUGCUGCCCCUCGACAAGUUCCUGCCCAAGCCCAAGCCCCCGCCGGGUGCCCCCAAGCCUAAGCGCGCCGGCGGCAGCUCGCGCGGCGGGCCCCGUGGAGGCGGUCGCGGAGGUUUCUCCCGCGGCGGACGCGGCGGCCCCGGCGGUGGCCGUGGAGGUUUCUCGCGAGGCGGUGGUGGCGGCUUCGGCGGCCGUGGUGGCCGUGGUGGAAGCGGCGGCUUCUCCAGAGGCGGUGCCGGCGGUGGCAGGGGACGUGGUGGCUUCAGCAGGGGAGGACGUGGAUUCUAAGAAGGAAGAGAGAGAGAGAAACAAACAAGGCAGACGUACCAAGAUGAAUUGUCCGUCUUUUCUUUUCCGUCUUUGCUGAACAAACCUUGGGGAUUCCCCCCCUCUAGGAAUUGGAAAGCAAGAAGGGAAGAAAAACCCGGCAUUGGAAGCGGCCGACAGCAGCUUGCUUGGGGCGAAAAAGGAGAGGGGGAGAGAUUUUUAUAUGUACAAAGGGCUUCACGGCGUUUAAUGGCUCGGUUUAUUCCUCAUCGUACUUGAAUUGGGUUUUCUCGUC